AUGGCUAGUUUCGGCUUGAAAGAAAAAUGUGUAACUGCAUUUUAUAGGGAACUGUUGCACGGAAACAUUGCCUCUCAGGUUGUUCAGAAGGCUUCAUUAACGGAUGUAGCCUAUUUUUGCGUUUCUUCAAACAAUGACAGGGACUAUCACAAGACUAUGAAUGCAUUUUUAUUCAAGCAAUGGUCAUACUCGAUAAUGCUAGAAAAUUCAACCAAACUAAAAAAGCCACCUAUAAAAUCUUCAAAGAAAGCUAUUCUCCAAGAUCAUCUGGCCAAAUAUGAUAUCACUUUUGAUCUUAAAUUGACGCAGAAACAGUUAUGGGCCUUAGUUGAACCAACCAUUGUAAAUGCCCCGAUCAAGUAUGAAAUUGAUACAUUACUGGCACAAAAAGGCAUUGAUGUGUUGCGAUUGCCACCUUACCAUUGCCAGUACAACCCAAUUGAGUUGGCAUGGGCCCAUUCUUUGGAUCAUUUUACGCCACAAAUGUGGCAACAUAGCAUUCACCACUGUGAAAAACUAAUACAAGCAGAUUGGCGUAAGAAAAUAUGCAUUUUAAGCCCAGAAAACAUUCCACCAUUUGUAAUUUCUUUGGCGGACUCUGAUUCCGAGAGCGACCUUUCCGAUGAUGAGAACGACGAAUACAUUAUGGAAGUUGAUGAGCCUGAAAUGAACACCAUUCGUCAACCGGGGUCUAGUUCAUCAAAUAUUUAA